GUAGCAGUGGUCAUAUUGUUAUGGCACAUAUUAAAGACGUAUUAAAGACGUGCGAUAAGAGAGAAUUGUAUGAUAGUUAUCAUACAUAUAUAGAUAUAUAUAGAUAUAUACUCUUGAAUAGAUAUAUACUUAAUAGAGAAAAAAAGAAACAGACCGUUACCUUGUUACUUUUUUACGUCAUCUUUUGUGUAUCAACACAAACAAGGUAACGGUCUGUUUCUUUUUUCCCUAUGUCUGUCGCUAUGUGAGCUAUAUUUGAAUGUUAGAAAUGAUAGAAAAACAAAAGAAGCAUUAAAUGCACUAUUUCAAUCUGCCCUAUUGUAGACCGAUAUAUCAAAGAAACUGAUUUUUAAAACUUUUUCUGCCUCGUUUCUGCUCCUUUUUGCCCUAAGGUCUACUGAUUUUCUCAUUUUCUACUUCUUUUUCCCAGGUUUUUCUGAUUUUCGUGUUUUGGAUCUGGGUUCCCUGAACUCUUUGACUCUUCUCGUAUAUAUAUCUCUGUAUAGAUGUUUAUAUCACGUGGAGCAAUCCAUCUGAACUUUUAAAUUUCCUUAACCUCAGAAAAAAACAAUCUGAUAUGAAGUCUUUCUCCGCUCCUUUCAUUCACUCGAUGCGUCGCACAAUCAUUGAACUAAAGUAUGUGCUAGGUCCAGUAUACGUUGUUGUGUAUAUGUAGUUUAUUUAGUUACUGAAAAAGAUAUCUUUUGCACAAAAAUAGCGUAUAUUUAUAUCUGAGAUUUGCACGAAGAGGGAAUAUCCAGAGCUGAUAUAAUAAACAGGGAAAUUGGGAAUACAUGUAAGCGGCCACAGUAAAUAUAAAGGACACAAGAACUAACACUGGGAAAAUUCCUGAUAGAAAGAAAGAGAACGAAAAAGAUACAUAUAGUAGACAAACUGUUUAGUAAGUUAGAAAAGAGUAUAUAUCUAUAUAUAUCUAUAUAUGUAUGAUAACUAUCAUACAAUUCUCUCUUAUCGCACGUCUUUAAUACGUCUUUAAUAUGUGCCAUAACAAUAUGACCACUGCUACUACAGCAACUUUGAUCCUAAAUAGGCAAUGUAAGGAGCUUGAAUCAGACCACUUAUCAGAUUACAACAUUUGGCGAAACAAUGAUGAUCCAAAUUGCUUAAAUUGGCAUGCAAUUUUAACUGGACCUGUUGAUACACCAUACGCGGGACGUGUUUUUCAUUUGGAUUUGCAGUUUCCAACAGACUAUCCAUUCAAACCACCAAUUGUCUUGUUCGAAACGGCAAUCUUUCAUCCAAAUAUUAAUUCCAAAGGAGAAAUCUGUCUUGAUGGACUACAAAAAGAGAAUUGGCGAGCGCUGACGAUAACACAAAUACUGUUGUCUAUAACAUCUCUACUGAUUGAACCGAAUGCAGAUACUUUUCUAAUGCCGGAACCAGCUGCUUUAUACAAAGAAAAUCGUCAAGAAUACGAUCGAAGGGCAAGAGAAUGGACAAUGAAACCUGCAACCAUGAAGAAUAAGCAGCAUCGUGAGUCAGCAGCUAUUUCUGCUGAUAAUGACGUCAUUUUGCCUACACUAGCAAGAAACGAACAAGAAACCGAUAAAAAGACGUACCCAGAACUGAUACGACCAGUUUGGUUAUGGAAAUCAGCCACGGAAGACAAAUGGAGGUUUUACAACGACGUUGAGAAUGAGAUAAUCGAAAAAGCCCACCAAGCAGAACAAAACAAAUUGCAACUUGACUAUUAUGUGAUAGACUUGGAAAAUAACACUCAAAGUUCUACACUUAAUUCCAGACUACGUCACCACCAAGUUCAACGCACAGUAGAUAAUCAAAUAACAUCUAAUCGAAAUGAACGAUUUUCCACGGUUGAACCUUUAGUUAAAUCAUCUGAAUCAAAACAAAUUUCACCGCUGAUUACGAAAUGUGAGCAGUUGAAGACAUCGACGCAGAAGAAAGGUAACUUUAACAAUGCUGGCGAGAAAUAUGCAGUGGUUAACUUUGACACAAUACACCGGAUAUACAAAGUGUUACAAGACGGUGUAGGACAAGCCCUUCAAAACUACGAGCUUCUGAUACAACUACAACGACUGUUCGACAGUUGGCCAAGUAAAACUGAUUUUGACCCCCGCGUUAAAUUGAUACCGUUACACCUUUUCGAUGACAUACAGAGGGUGUUUAGAAGCAGGAGAAAAAAUGUGACUCCCUAUCUAGAAUGGGAGACAAAUGGAAAAAAGUUACUUGAAGAAAUAUUGACAGAGUGUAGUGACAUCAGAAUUUUAACACUUGAAAGCAAUGUCGCAGGUCGUGUUGAAAAAGAAGGAUGGGAUAGCGAUAAACCAGAUCAGGGUAAAUGGCUUGCUGAUAAAUUGAGAAUAGUCUCGGACGCCGAUAUUGGUAAAUGUUGUAUCCGAUUGUAUACGAUGAAUUCAUUUCUUUACAAAAAAACUAAUGAAUUUCUUCGAGAGGAAAAUGAAAGGAAACUGGCGACCUUAGGCUUAUUUGUACGUGAGUUGUUAGUAUUUUACAACAAAAACGCGCAUUUAGUUCCUGAAAAUAAUACGUAUGUUUAUCGUGCCGUAAAUUUAACAUCAUCAAUGAUCACUGAAUAUCAAUCAGCGAUAGACAAUGGUUCAUAUCGGUGGCUUGGUUUUUCUUCAACAAGUCGGAAUCCACAACUCCCUGAAUUUGACGACUGCAACACAUUGCUGAUUAUGGAAUUGAAGAAGAUUUGCACGGAUAAUAACGCAAUCGAUAUCAGCUCACUUUCCCAAUUUCCCCAAGAAGAAGAAAUCUUGUUGCGUGCGGGAACAGAAUUUACGGUUCAAAAUGUUCAAUAUGAAGCAGCAAACAAUAAACAUGUUAUUAACCUCACUGUCUAUGUAUAA